CAUCAGAGGACAGAGGUAUCCGAUUAAAAAAAUAAUAGCCUCAAAUGUGUACAGGAGGAGUACACAAUACGUCACAUCCUAGGCUACCGUUCGGCACGGAGAUAACACUCUCCCUAUCAACAACCGUAGAAUUGUGCUCUGCCAUUUGCAUGAGACGGAGGGACCAUAAGGAUGAGGAACUUGCUAGAUGACAUAGCAGUCAUAGGCGCAGGCCUUGGUGGCUGCGCGCUUGCCCUUGCCCUCUCUGCCCAUAACAUUCCCAUUACAAUCUACGAAUUACGAGAUGAAGAUGCUCCCAUCUUGAACUCUGGCGUGAUAUUAACUCCGAACGGGUUACGAGUCCUCGACUUCCUUGGUGUCUUCGACAGGGUCAAGGACCGCUGCUACAAGGCUACGUAUCGCAAUUUCAAAAACGCCAAAGAUGAGACGGUUCGUAGUGUCUACAUUGCAAAUGAGCAAUCGUAUGGUUAUUGCAACCACCGCAUCUGGCGACGUAUACUGCUGAAGGAGAUGAGAGGUAUGCUCGUUGAGCGGCAAGUCACUAUCUUGUACAAUACGAAAUUCGAAGGUAUUGUCUAUGAGAGCAAGAACGAGGGCGUUGACUUCACGGUGAACGGGCAAAUUCGCCACGCUAGCCUGCUGAUUGGCUCAGAUGGGAUAUACAGCAGAGUCCGUAGUCAUCUUUCUCCAGAUAUCAUUCCAGAGUACACCGGCAUCAUCGGUCUUCUGAGCCAUAUCCCGCGAGCUUCUGUCGCAUGGCCAUACGAGGACUACGUGCUCAACUUCACUCUCCAGGACAAACCCGGUGCCUUGGUCAUCAUGCCGGAGGAUCCUGAAGCAGUGGACAUCAUGGUGGCGAUGCAAGUGCAUCAUCCGGAGCAAUCGCGCAAGGAUCUCGACGACCUCCAGGCGGAUAAAGAACGACUCGUCAGUUUCUACACCAAGGCGUACGACCAGUGGGGUCCAACGGCACGCAAGAUCAUUGAUCAAGUAGUAGCACAUAAAGAAAACUGCUUCAUCUGGCCGUAUAUGCGCAUGCCGAAGAUACCACGGUGGUAUAGCGAGAACAGUGGCAGAGUGAUCCUGCUCGGAGACGGAGCCCAUGGACAAAUAGCCUUGCCGCCAAGCAGCGGACAGGGCGUCAAUCAAGCGUUGGAAGACGUUUACUCAUUAGUUACGCUUCUCACAUCACUAUGUGGAAGUGGUGCGAACAAUUCAAUAUCGGACGGAAAUGGUCUCGCCACCGCAGCUACUACAGAAACCCUACUCGAGGGCCUGGCGUUUUGGCAAGACCUUCGCCAGAAACGGAUCGAUGCUGUCUUCGACUGGACGAUGAACGCAUCAAACUUGCAGAGAUUGCCCGAAGCUGAGCGUCAAAGAUUGCUCGACGCGGGCAAGCACAAAGGUCCGGGCGACGACAUGAGCUGGCUGUACGGUUAUGAGGUCGACGAAGAGAUACGUGCAUGGGUUCAGCAAGUGAGAAUCUGACGGUCUUUCGAUUGGCUUCGUUACCGCCUGUGUCUGCAAGCCACCGCACGGCAGACCACACCGAACAGCUGCAAGCAGCUUCCGCCCAUUUCUAGUAUGGUAGCGGAGUCGACGCCGUAUGUUGUAUGAUAGAUUUAUCUUACUGUACAUAUGUUCGUUGACGUGCAUGUUGCGGACCUGUACCGAGCCGGAUCAGUGUGGCCACUUCACCUUCUAGGCUAGCAUGUAGAUGUGUGCUGCAGUACGUGACA